AAAAUAGGGUUCCCAAGAUAUUGCCAUAUUAAUUAGAUGCACUGUACUACAUUAAAUUAUUAAUAAAGUAAUCCUGCUAUAAUCUUAUUUCAUGUUCUACAUAAACUCCACGUCUUCAUUUUCAACAGAUAACAAGUUUCACCGUAAAGUGUUUGAGCUCUUUCCACAACACACAAUCUCCACCCUCUCUCUGAAAUCUCUCCCAAUCUCUCUCCACCUAUCUCUACCCGUCUGAGAAAUCUCUCCCCUCUUUUUCUCUGAAAUCUCUCUCCCUCUCUCUCUCUACCAUGUCUGAAAAUGUAUUCUCAAAGCUAUCCGAUGAUGUGAUUCUGAAGAUAUUUAUCAAUCUCGAAGAUGAUCCAAAACACUGGGCAGUUCUUGCAUGUGUGUGCAAUAAAUUCUCUUCUUUAAUGCGCACGGUUUGCUGGAAAUCUAAGUGCUCCGAGAGAAUCCCACAUGUUGUUUCUGAUUUUCUUGCAGAGUCACGCGCCGGUGACGCGCCUCCCGGCGGCUGGGCAGCUCUUCACAAGCUGGCCGUGUGUUGUCCCGGGCUUCUUCACUCGGGUGUGCUUCUUGAAAACUCAGAUUUCGGGCUUGAACGUGAGCUGGGCCCUGAUGAGAAUUACAAGAAUUCUAAUCUUUUUCAAGUGGGCCAGGCCCAAAUCUCGAAUACUUGCUCUCCGGCUGCCGUUGCUUCUGAUUGUGGUUGGUCUUUAUAUGAUGAUUUGUAUUAUGAUACAGUAUAUGAUACUUCUGAAUCUCAAGAUAUUAUUGUUAAUAAUAUGGAUAAUAGUAUUGAUGAUAAAACAAAUAAUCUUGAUAUUAAUGAAGAAUCAACUGAGAAAGAUGGUCUUAUUGUUGAGGCUGCUAGUGAUUUUACUGCCAGUAAAAAAAGAAAAUUUUGUAGAUCACUGAAACCACAUUUAGCUUCUGGGGUGUGGAAUUUGAGCAAGGAACAAGGAAAUAAGUUGUUGGCUAGUAGAUUUAGAGGGGAUUGUUUGUAUAUAAGUGAUUGGCCUGGUUGUGUCCACAAAGAGGAGAAGAGGUCUUAUAUGUUGUUUAGGGGAGUUUUCAAGAAUUUUAAGAGGUCAAGGGUGUGGAGGACGAUCAACGAUGGUGAUCGUAGUAAGAUUGACUUGAAUUGCGAGUUUUGUUCGUGUAAGCAGACUUGGGAUUUGCAUUCUGCAUUUUGUUUGAAAAGGGUUUUCGGGUACCAUGAUGAUGGAGAGCCUGUUGUUAGAGCUUAUGUUUGCGAGAAUGGACAUGUUUCUGGAGCAUGGACUGACUGGCCUUUGUACACUUAAAUAACUUGUCCGGAUUGUGUGAUUGAUAUGGAUCCUUUCCAAGUUAAAUAAAGGUGUAGUAGUAGGAGGCAAAACUAUGUAUCCAAACUUCUCCUGCUUUGGUUAAUGAAUACGAUUUCAGUCUUUUUAA